UGCUUUGCUCAAAGGAAGAUUAACCAAAUGGACACAGAUGCACAGAUGACAGCAAUGAUUGUCCAGAAACUGAUAGAAACUGGUGAAGGAGCACGACUUCAAGAGUUGCUAAGAGCGAAAUUAUUCGAAUGUGGUUGGAAAGAUCAAUUGAAAGCUCAUUGUCAAGAUGUGAUUAAAGAAAAAGGGGUAAGACACGUUACUGCUGCCGAGUUGGCAGCAGAGGUCACUCCCAGAGCCAGAGCGCUUGUACCCGACAGUGUGAAGGAGGAACUCUUACAAAGAAUAAGCACUUUCCUUGACCGGCAUGCCAGUCUUUAA